CUGCUGAAUGACCUAAUGGAGAACUAUUCUAAUGCUUUACGGCCUGUGGAGGACACAGACAAAGCCCUUAAUGUCACUCUACAGAUCACACUCUCACAGAUCAAAGAUAUGGAUGAAAGGAACCAGGUGUUGACCACAUACCUUUGGGUGCGUCAGAUCUGGCAUGAUGCUUAUCUGCAUUGGGAUAAAGAUGAGUAUGAUGGACUUGAGGUCAUUCGAAUACCCAGCAGUCUUGUAUGGAGGCCAGACAUCGUUCUGUAUAACAAUGCGGAUGAGGAGGACUCCUCCGGACCCCCAGACACGAAUGUGGUGUUGAGAUAUAAUGGUGAGAUCACUUGGGACUCCCCUGCUAUCACUAAGAGUUCCUGUAAGGUGGACGUCUCUUAUUUCCCCUUUGAUAGUCAGCAGUGCAACCUUACCUUUGGCUCCUGGACCUACAAUGGCAACCAGGUGGAUAUCAGAAUGGGCAUGGAGAGUGGUGACCUUUCAGACUUUGUGGAAAACGUGGAAUGGGAGUGUCACGGUAUGCCGGCCGUUAAAAACGUCAUAAUGUACGGCUGCUGCUCUGAUCCGUACCCUGACAUAACGUACACAGUCCUGCUCAAGCGGCGUUCUUCCUUCUACAUCUUCAACCUUCUUCUGCCGUGUUUCCUCAUCUCUUUCUUGGCUCCUCUGGGUUUCUACCUGCCUGCUGAUUCAGGGGAGAAGGUCUCACUGGGGGUGACGGUUCUGCUGGCUCUGACUGUAUUUCAGCUGAUGGUGGCUGAGAGUAUGCCACCUUCAGAAAGUGUUCCCCUAAUUGGAAAAUACUACAUUGCAACGAUGACCAUGAUAACAGCCUCUACAUCUUUAACUAUCUUUAUCAUGAAUAUACACUUCUGUGGAGCGGAAGCCAAACCUGUGCCCCACUGGGCCAAAGUCCUGAUAAUAGAUUUCAUGUCGAAGAUCUUCUUUGUGUAUGAGGUAGGGGAGAACUGUACCACACCUGAAAGUGACCGAGGCACAUUGUUCUCUGAAGACCCACUGGCUAGCCUUGAGAGAGAUGGGUAUUUUGACAAAGGGUUUUAUGGAGACUGUCAUCAUGAUGACAGAAACUGCAAUAGUAAAAAUAAGAUUUCCACUGGCACAGGAUGUGUAUGCAUCUGUGGCCAACAUCAGAAAGUGGUGCGAAACAUUGAGUACAUAGCUAACUGUUUCCGAGAGCAGAGGGCACACCAGGCCAAAGGGGCUGAAUGGAAAAAGGUUGCCAAGGUGAUGGACAGGUUCUUCAUGUGGGUGUUUUUCAUCAUGGUCUUCCUCAUGAGUAUCCUUGUCAUGGCCAAGGCAACCUAGACCGUGUACACUUUAAAUAUAUAAUCAAUUGAUAUUUCAUACUGGCUAACACUAUGUGUCAAAAGACCAGUUUGUAAUUGAUUGUUCAUUUUUUUUUCAAACAUUAAUUCCUACAGUCUUUUAUUUGUUGGCAAAUGGGCUCAUGUUCUGUAUUUGCUUGAA